AUGCGUAUUCCCGUAGACCCGAGCACCAGCAGGCGCUUCACACCCCCCUCCACGGCCUUCCCCUGCGGUAAGAUGGGAGAGAACAGCGGGGCGCUGGGGGCCCCCGCACCGGGUGCCCGGGCUCGACCCGAGGUCCGCUCCGUCGUGGAUGUACUGGCCGACCACGCCGGCGAGCUGGUGCGCACCGACAGCCCCAACUUCUUGUGCUCGGUGCUACCGUCCCACUGGAGGUGCAACAAGACGCUGCCCGUCGCCUUCAAGGUAAGCCGGGAGCUGCGGGGAAGGGCUGCGGCCGGGCAGGUAGCCCCGGUGGUACGGAGGGACCGGCUCGGCUCCGGGCUCGCCCUCCGCCCCGACCCGCUCGCCUCCUUCCCUCCGCCCCUUUCCCUCUAA